AUGUUAUUCUUCUUCGUUUUCGUCAAUUUAUUCUUUAAUUCACAUUCUGUUAAUUGGAAAGCAGUUAAUUUGAACAGCCAAACUGUUUAUGAGUUCGAUUCUGAACAUGCACCUCCUACAAGCAUUGGGCGUUUACGCAUUAAUGUGACCAAUAUUGAUCAGGAAAAAUCUUCAAAUGAUCCAUUAAUUGUUUAUAUCGUAAGACUUAGAUGGAAAACACCCUUAAGAUGGAAUGAAAAUUCCGACAACAAAACAUAUGAUACCAUUUGUGAGCUGCAGGAUCAUCUUCAAGACAAAGGUGUGACAAUCAUUGAUCGCUCAGUUCCAAGCGAUGUUAAUGGACUUGAUGAACGGUUUUCUUUACCCUCUUCACUAUUUUCACUGAUUUGCGCCGUAAGACCACGAAAUGCUCGUUACGCUGCUAGUUGGACGUAUUCCAAAUUAGUCACAAUUGACAGUUCGCUCAGAAAUGAUGAUAGGAAAGAGAAUGGAACAGCGACAGUUACAGGAGAUACGGAAGAUGAUGAAGCUAAUGAUACAAAUCCAUUGACCGAAGUGACCAUAAUGAAAGAGCAUAUUGCAACAAUUAACGAUCGGCCAUUUUUGGACUUAAAUAAUAGUAAUGAAACAGGAGUGAAAGAUGAUGAUGAGAAAAAAAGUUUGUUGGAUCUUUUGAAAAUGUCCAAACUUACAUUAAUCGAAGAUGGUCAGCCGAUUAGAACAAGGCCAACAAACCUGACUAUUCAAGUGAAGCCAGACAUCACUGAAGACAGACCCCCUCUAUUCUCACAAAGUUUGCAACUUCAUGUUGGAAAAUCUUCUGAAGUCAUAACUCGUCUCUUGAUGAGAACAGAUGUGGAUAACGAACCAUCAAACGAUUCCAACUCUUCAGAAUUGGAACCUUCUUCUCCCAAUAGUACAGUUGUUGAAACAAACAAUGGUUCUCAGCAAAAAGUAUUGGAAGCGAGUGACUUAGAUGUUGUUGAAAACAGUACAACAACAGUUCCAGAAACAGCAUUAUUUACUGAUCAAGUACUGAAAAUUGACGACAAUAAUACGAUGCCAAAUUUGAGUAAACAUGAAGAAGGAGAACUAUCGCUGCUUCAGACAGGAAUAAAUGAGGAUAAUAUUGAAGGAGGUGGUGCGCCAUCUGAUGAUAUCGAAGGGCUAAAUGAAGCAGCAUUCGCUUUCGAAAGCAGAGUUUUCGAUGAUAUGGAAGAUGGUAUAGUUACAGGAAAGCCUCUUGAUCUUGAAGAGGAUUUCGACGUGCUCGGAGCCGAAAAAUCUAUGGAGACAUUCAUUAAUUCUCCCGACUUCAGUAAUGCCACCAUUAUUGAAGAUCUCUCAGCAGAAAGAACAGAACCUAAAGAGCUCGACCCUGAGAAUGUUAAUGAUCGAUUAUUUGAUCCUUUAAACGUAACAACAACAACAGAAGGAAUCAAAGAGAAAUCGGAAUUCCGACAACCAACUGCUGAUGAAAUCUCGGAUUCACAGGAGGAGCCAGAAAAAAAAACUUCCAUAGUUGAGGUAUUAUCUGAUUAUGACACUUUGGAAACGGAGAUUCGAGCAGCAAUUGGAGCAGAUGAGGAAAACUUGGAAAGAUUGAAACAAUUAUUCAGUGGAGGUUUCCCUGAAGGACUUUUACGAGUUUUAUAA